CCGCUGCAUACGCUUGCGCGCCUGUCUGUCACAACAUUGUUUGCGACAACAUAUUUUUUUCACGUUUAACCUUCUACACGAACGUGAUAGACGGAUUAAUUCCCCGUCCAGAAAACGAGCCAGUUUCAAAUAUAAUAACAGAAUGCUGCGGAAAUCGAUAACACGGGAGAAGAGCGCCGUAUGAUUUUAAUUCGAGGUUACCCGCUUAGUAUUUUGACGUGUCAUCAAUUUAUUUUUUACGUUUAUGUAACACUUUUAUGACAGAAUUAUGGACAGACAGGGGGUUCAUUUACGCGGAGGGCAAAAGGAUGGUUCCCCACAGUAUGUGUACUUGGACGAAGAAGACUGCGAUGAAGACAAUACUUUUUUAUUAAACAUCAGUCAAUCUUCGUUGGGGCCUCGUAAAAUCGAAGUGAUUAAUGUAGAAAUAAAGCCUGACGAUACCUUACAAGCGUUGGCUCUUCGUUAUAGUUGUACAAUAUCUGCGCUGAAGCAAAUUAACAAGAUUGACAAGGAAAACGAAAUACAUGCCAAACCUUACAUUAAGGUGCCCGUACAGCCAUUUUCAGUCUUAACUGAAACAUUAACUGACAAACAAGAAUGUGAUGACGAUGACGCUACAUCCGCGCGAAGCAGCGAGGAAGAAUUCGUUGAACGAGAAUUGUAUGAUUCCACUUCGACGAACAUACAAUCUUCAGGUAGUGAAAUCAAUACGAUCAUUUUGAACUCAGUAUGUACGCCUUUAUUGUCGCACAACAAUAGCGAGAAAAUUUCACAUACAGAAAGCGAUAGUUUACGUAGCGAUAGACAACGUAUAGGAAUGAUGAAGGAGAUAUUCAAUUGUUCCGGAGACGAUUGUGGAUUGUCUUGGAGACAGCUUUUCGUAUAUACUUUCCUAAUAGUUUUCGUAAUACCCAUUAUAUACAUAUACUUAUACGUAAGCAACGCAUUUGGACGGAUAUUUAAGAGAAAUGAGACCAGAAAUGACUGAUGAUGUUUCUGUGCAAACGGUUCCUCUCAGGAAACUAUGGAAAGACAAGCCAGUUCGGCAAGCUGAGAGAAGAUAAGAUGAUAUUUUCUAUGUGACUGUAAUUACUAAAUACGCUGAAAUUGCAUUCUAGUUUCAGAUUAACAGAUAAUUAUCUUCUUUACGGUGUGCACAAGUUUAAGAGAUAUUUGUAACGGUACUUUUAACUUAUUAAUAGCUAUUAAUUAUUAAUAGUUUUCCAGCUAAAGCAAUUUUGUAUCUGUAUUUAUAAAUAUCUAUUCAUUCUGUCAUCUAUUAUAAUGACAUAUUAACGUCCAUUAUAAUGAUUAAAGUUCAUCAAGUUUCAAUGAAAUAUUUUAUAUUGAGUGAAAUAUGAUAUUUUUAGUUACGACGAUUAUAUUGACGGCGGUUUCUAGUACAUUUUUAUGAACUGAGCUUUCAAAUUUCGUAUAGCCAAAUUGCCAGUUUAUUACGUGGUAAAGUAAUAACGAAAAGAAACAGGAGAUAAAUUUUAGAUAAAUGUCGGUGCCUUUUUAUAAUUACGAGCCGUCCAUUAUUAAUUUAAAAUUAAAACAUUACGCAAUAUGCUAUUUAUAUAAUGUAUAUAAGCGAGAUUAUUUGGUAGAUUUCUAAUAAUGAAUGUAUACGAGUCCUUUAUACUCUUCUCUAUAAUCUGAUAAGAAAUUAUUUAACUUUAGAAGAAGAUUAUUUUACACAUAUAUAUAUAUAUACACAUAUAUACGUAUUCUUAAUAUAUUAUAUUAAUAUAUUAAUAUCACAUGUGUUUGAAGCUUGAACGAUCAGAAAAGUCAUGUUAAAAGCACGCGUGCAGAAUUUCACAAGCGAAAAAUUAACAGUUAUAUUUUCGAACGUAUCUAUAACAAUGAUAGAACAACUUUGUAUUGUUUCCGUGGUGUUAUUGACAACAAAUUCUAAUUGAAGUUACCAUUAGUCUUCGAUGUCGUCUGUUUCUGUUUACUAAAUAUUUGCAAAGGUCAUCUGUCCCAGUCUGUUAAAUAUAUAAAUAUUAAAUAUGACAAUAUUUCUUUUAUAAAGCAGGAAUGUAGCACGAGUCUUGUUCAUACUUACCCAUUCCAAGUACGUCAUUUAAAUAAUAUUCGUUUGAGACCGUUACGGAUGACUUCUCCAAUAAAUUCCUUUCCUCUCGUCAUUUCUUCUCUCUCAAAAAUAUUAUGUGCAUUUUUUUAAUGAUAAUAGUGUGUACGACAUUACUGCUCUUAAUCAGCAAGUUAAAUCUUUGGAAGUAGUAUUUCCUGUAAAAAUAUUUUUCUUCCAGCCAAAGGUUCACUCCAGUAUAAUUCUACCAGUAUAGUUCGUUCUGAUAUUCUUCUAAUUAAUAUAUUUGACUGAUCAGUAAUAUUGAGUCAUUUGCAUAUCCCAUCGAAUCAAAUUUCUCAUUUUUAUGUGGCUAUAUGUGUAUUGUAUAUGUGUGUGUUUCACGUUAUAUUAAUAUAAUAUAUUAAGAAUACGCACAUAUACAGGGUAUCCCAAACUAAUCUUGGUGUACAAGUAGAACGGGUGAAACUAAGCAAAAAAGUCCCAUUUUGCAAAUAACACGCAAAAUUUCGAAUUAUCAAUGAUUG